AUCAAGGAGCUCCUUGAUCAUAAGAGGUAUCUCAUUGUUAUCAAUGAUGUAUGGAACCUAGCAGCCUGGGAAGCUAUCCGCCUCAAAUUGCCAGAAAAUAAUUCCGGCAGCAGAAUCAUUGUGACAACUCGGAUAGAGACGGUGGCCAAGGCAGCUAGUGUCUACUUUGUCCAUCAUAUGGAGCCCAUGAAAUUAGAGGCUAGUAAGGAACUGUUCAUGAAUAGAGUAUUUGGCCCCAUGGCUUAUUGGCUGGGUGGACAGGAAAAAUACAUGGACACAAUUUUGAAAAAAUGUGGCGGGAUGCCAUUGGCCAUCAUUAGCAUCGCCAGCCUUCUGACAAACUAUAGGUCGGUUGAAGGCAUAACAGUAUGGGAAAGAGUUUCUAGAUCAAUUGGUUCUCAGAUGGAGAGCCACCCUACCCUCGAGAGGAUGAGGCAGGUGAUUACACUCAGCUAUGACUACCUGCCUCGUCAUCUCAAGGCCUGCAUGAUGUAUCUCAGCAUUUUCCCAGAGCAUUAUGUGAUUGGAAAAUAUAGGCUGCUAUACAGAUGGAUUGCCGAAGGUUUGGUCACUGAGAAGCGAGGGCUGACUUUGUUGGAGGUUGCACAAGAAUAUUUGAAUGAGUUGAUAAAUAGGAACAUGAUUCAGCUGGAAAAGUUUGUAUUGGAACAAUAUGGUUCUACAAAAGUAGAAGUAGAGGGGUGCCGGGUGCAUGACAUGAUCCUUGAGGUCAUGGUGUCCAAAUCCAAGGAUUAUGGCCUUGAGAAGCUCUUGGACCGUCUAGGCGAGUUCAAAUUGCUCAGGGUACUUGACCUAGAAGAUUGCAAGUCCCUGCGAGAUAAGCACAUGAGAGAUGUUUGCCGAUUGUAUCUCCUCAGGUUCUUGAGCUUGAGGGGUACAAAUGUCAAAGCGAUUCCUGACAAAAUUGGCAACCUAGAGCACUUGGAGACUCUUGAUAUAAAAAGUACAAGCAUCGGGAAGUUGUUGCCGCAAACUGUGACAAAGCUGAGCAAACUAGAGUGCCUCAGGUCCAAUGAGUGGCUUCUGCCACGGGAGCUAGGGAACAUGAAGGCGUUGUGCGUGGUGGACACGGGAAUCCUCGAUGGCGAUGAUGUUCCAUUGGUUACCCAAGAGAUCGGCAAGCUACCACAGCUGCAGGUGCUAAGUAUCCGAAUUGAUACGGAUGAGUUCUUGCAGGAGUCUUUGACUAACCUUGCCACCUCCCUGAGCAAGACAAGCACUCUCCAAUCGCUCCAUCUGGAAUACUACGGGGGUAAGGACGGUUUGGAGUUUCUCCUUCAUGUCUCCACGCCGCCACCACUCCUCCAAUUCCUUGGUGUAUAUGGCCGCAUCAGCCAACUGCCUGAAUGGAUCUCAUCACUCACACACCUCACCAAGUUUGUUCUAGGACGGACAGAACUUGUUGGCGACCAGUUAUUUCAUGUCUUGUGUAAGUUGCCAAAUCUGCAGAGCAUCCAACUGGGGCAUGGUAGCUACAAAGGACCAGGACUAGUUGCACGUGACCAAAGUUUCCCGGUGUUGAGGAUCUUGAAGGUGUUCGGAUGUAGCACCAUGCUCACAUUCGAGAAAAAAUCAAUGCCAGAGCUCGAGACACUUGUAUUGGACUUUGGUGACAUUACCCAAAUGGGCUUUGUUGGCGUCGAGAACUUGAACAGCCUUAAAGAGGUCAAGCUCCGUGGUUGGAAAAGCAACCCAGCAAUGCAGCGUGCAGUUGAGCAGCUCAAGACUCUCUCUGAGUCCAACAAGAUCAGAGUUGUAGUGGACUGGUGA